GACCCCCGCGGACCUGGAGGAGCUGCGCGCGCACCUCGCCCUUGGAGGCCCGGUGGGCCCGCGACCGCCUCAGCUGGGCACCUGGAUGGUCUGGAUGGUGCACCGGGUGGCGCUCAACGACCCCAGCCUGGUAGAGCUCGACCUCUCGACCUACGUGCUGCCGCCGCCGGAGGAGCCGAGGGUCGGGCCCAAGCUCGCGAGCAGCCUGGGGGCCAACACGCACCUCCGCACGCUGCUGCUGGCAGACUGCGGCCUGCGCGGGGGGCAGCAGGCGGAGGCGCUCGCCGGCUCGCUGCUCCAGAAUCGCGCGUUGAGGGUGCUGGACCUGUCCUGCAACCUCCUGGGGCCGCCCGACCUGCAGGCGAUCUUCGCCGCGCUGGGGGGCAACUCGGCCCUCGAAGAGCUCCGGUGCGGCCACCAGCUCUGCCCAGCGCCGGGCAGGGACGCGCUCGCGGCCCUGUGCGGUGCGCUGAAGAAGAACUUCACAAUGCGCAAGCUCGGCCUCGAGCUGGCAGACCCGCACUACCGCGACACCGUCAGCCGCGCGCUCGUCCGCAACGUGGACCUCGCGCGCCGCGCGCGGCGCGCCGAGGUCGCCGCCACGCUCGCGGAGCUCCAGAGCCAGCACAAGGUGCAGCCCGAGGUGCGCGUCGACGUGUUUUUUUUGUGCGGUCUUGCAGUCCUGCUGUAUUUCUCGGCCGUUGUCGUGAGGACUGCUUGGGAGCCGAAAGGGGCAGCGGGCAGAGUAAAGGUCGACGACGAGACCCUGAAGAAGCUUCUGCCACCCAUCUCCUCGAGAAGUACGGCGGGCCCAGGGAGCAGACGAGGAGGAACAGAGAGGCCAACGGCAUGGCGUACGAGGUCCUGACGAAGGGCAAAGCGGGGGGCACGAGACCAGGCCCGGAUUCCGACGUCGAGAUCAUCUUCACUGGCUGGAGGGUCAAGGACGGGGAGCUCAUCGACAGCUCCUACCUGCGAGGCGGGAAGCCAGAGAAGUUCUGCCUGAACGACGUGAUGACCGGCUGGACGAUCGGCAUUAAACAGAUGAAGGAGGGGGAGAUGCGCAGGCUGUGGAUCCCGAGCGCGCUGGGCGACAACAAAGGAGACACGGUCUACGACGUGCAGCUGGUCAAGACGUCCGACGGCCCGCCCUGGGGCUUCUUCGUCUUCCUGCUCUUCGUCGCGGCGGCCGCCCAGGUCUUCCUGAGGGAGAACGCGGGCAAGAUAGCGGAACUGCAGGAUCCCUUGGCCGACCCCGUGUUCAGGGCCUCGCUCGCGCCGGAGUGA